AUGUCCGCCUCCGAGCCCACUAUCGUCCACUCCACCGGCGCCGCCGCCCCCGCCGCCCCGGCCAACGGCGCGACCACCCCGUCCUUCCCGGGCCGUUCGGGUGCCAGCACCGCUGGUGGUACUUUUGGCGUCAAGACUGGUCUUGCCCAGAUGCUCAAGGGCGGUGUCAUCAUGGACGUCAUGAACGUCGAGCAGGCCAAGAUUGCCGAGGAGGCCGGUGCCGUCGCCGUCAUGGCCCUUGAGCGCAUCCCCGCCAACAUCCGUCGUGACGGUGGAGUCGCCCGUAUGUCCGACCCCGCCAUGAUCAAGGAGAUCAUCAACGCCGUCUCCAUCCCCGUCAUGGCCAAGUGCCGUAUCGGCCACACCGUCGAGGCCCAGAUCCUCCAGGCUGUCGGCGUCGACUACAUUGACGAGUCCGAGGUCCUCACCAUGGCCGACGACCAGCACCACAUCGGCAAGCACGCCUUCAAGGUUCCCUUCGUCUGUGGCUGCAAGAACCUCGGCGAGGCCCUCAGGCGUAUCUCGGAGGGUGCUGCUAUGAUCCGCACCAAGGGCGAGGCUGGUACCGGCGACGUCGUCGAGGCCGUUAAGCACCAGCGUGCCGUCCGCAACGACAUUCGUCGUGCCGCUGCCAUGUCCGACGAGGAGCUUUAUGUCCUUGCCAAGGAGCUCCAGGCACCUUACCACCUCCUUAAGGAGACUGCUCGCCUGAAGCGCCUGCCUGUUGUCGCUUUCGCUGCUGGUGGUGUCGCAACCCCCGCCGACGCUGCGCUCAUGAUGCAGCUCGGCUGUGACGGUGUCUUUGUCGGCUCGGGCAUCUUCCUUUCUGGUGACCCCGCCAAGCGUGCCCGCGCCAUCGUCCAGGCCGUCACCCACUACAACAACCCUCAGAUGCUCGCCGAGAUCAGCGAGAACCUUGGCCCCGCCAUGGUCGGCAUCAGCGUCAAGGACGAGGUCAAGACCGGCCACCAGACCGCGUACGCCGACCGCGGCAACUAA